UAUGAUUAUAAAUAUAAUAGAGUUAUCUGUCUCAGGCACGAGAUGGUGAGGCGAAUAAUAUUUUUAUUAUUUAACCCAUAAAAUACCAACAACAUGAUUAUAAAAACAAUAGAGUUUGCUGCGUAAGCAGAAUCCAACGGCCGCCCCGUCAAAGAGUAGGGCUGCAGGCUAAAGACGCCUCCUCAAUAUUAUCUUAUAAUAAUACACACACAUAUAUAUAUAUAUAUAUUGUUGGGAAACUCAUAAUUAAAGCGAAAGCCAAAGCUAAAAAGCAUUGCAACCGAGGCCAUUGUUGGUCGCUUGUUUCCUGGCCUUUCUAAUUCUGUCCCCACGCCACCCACCCUUCUCUCUCUCUCUCUCUCUCUCUCUCUCUCUCUCCGAUUUCCCUCUAAGCUUUGCUUGAUGUUGAAGCCCCCAUCCAUGAAAGCCGCCUGAGGGGAUGAGAAAAUGGAGGCUGCAGAGGAAGAGUUGGAGAGGAGGAGCAAGUUCCUUAACAGUCUCAUACUGAAGAAGAAGGCCUCCGACCAAAAGGAACACCAUGAUCGCCUCAACGUCCGUGUCAGGGCAUCGGACAUGCCCCUCCCUCUUCAAAACAGAGCCUUUCGCUGCGCCAGAGACAAUCUCGACUCCAUGCCCGGAAAGCUCGACAGCAAACGCCUUGCCCUUGCCCUUAAGAAGGAAUUCGACUCCUUGUAUGGUCCUGCUUGGCACUGCAUUGUGGGAACAAGCUUUGGCUCAUAUGUAACACAUUCCUUAGGAGGGUUCCUGUAUUUCUCAAUUGACAAGGUUUAUAUCCUUCUGUUCAAGACUGCUGUCGAGCCUUUGGAGCACUGAGCACUGACAUUUCACAUUUGCUCCCGACCAAACAUAUGCAAUUUUCAGAAUAACUACUGUACCCCACCUUCUUUCAUUGUAUUCCUGGCGUUGUAUUUGAGACAACUUGUUUACUCGUGACAUUGCAGGAGCAUACAAGAAAACGACUAAUUUGUUGAUGAGUUGAACUA